AUGUCGUUGUUCAAGCGUACCUUCAGGUCGCAAGACCCCAACGUCCGUGUCGACAAGACGUCCAGGCUGAAGAAGUCAAGCUCGAUCCGGGAUCACCAGAAGCUAUCGAAAAUGCAGCAGUCCGUCAACGAGAAGCCCGCCAUGGCCCCACCAGCCGCCCCCGCGCCGCUGCCGACCAAGACGGGCAAGUCCGUGGCCCCUUCACCCAUCGUCACCUUGACCGUGGGACGCGAGGGUCGACUGUUUGCUGCUCACGAGGACGUCCUCUUCCAGUCGCCCUUCUUCGAGGCCGCCUGCCGAGGUCAGUUCUUCGAGUCGCAGAGCAAGAGAAUAUCCCUCCCCGACGAAGAACCCGAGAUCUUCUCUUCCGUCCUCGAGUACCUCUACAAGGGUGACUACUACCCCCGCCUCGUUCACAACAGGCACCGCAACUCUUGGGAGCUCGAGGACGCCGUCAGAGGAACUCCCCAAACUUCCCCCAACCCCGAAAACACCCCCCGAGGCGGCCGCGCAGCCGCCGUUCCCUCCACUCCCACAUCGACAACCACCGGUACCACCGCGAGUGAGGCAACAAUCUUUGUCUCGGGCUGCGGGCAACACAUCCUCCGCGACACCGUCAUCUACUGCGCUGCGGAGCGGUACGGGCUCGAGGAGCUCAAGCGCCUGGCUCUGCGCAAGCAGGGUCUCCAGUCUGGUAUUGAUAUCGGCACCAUCCUGCGCUCCGCCCAGUACGCCUACGCCCACACCCCCGACUCGGACUCCCGGCUGCGCGCUCACUACCUCGCUCUGAUCAUCAGAUGUCGCAAGACUUUCAAGAGGAGCGGAACCAUGCAAGCCGAGAUGGAGCGCGGCGGUAGCAAGCUCUUCUUUGACCUGUUCGUGGCCAUGUGCAACCACCUCGACGACGUUAUCGACCACAGCAACGCGCGAACACCCAAGACCGUCUGA